AUGCCUCGUGUUACGAAACCACCGGUGAAGGCUGCAUGUCUGGCAUGUCGAACAUCGAAAACACGUUGUGACGGCCAACAUCCCUGUGGCAAUUGCUCUGACAGAAAAAGAGAGUGCAGUUAUCGACCCAGUCGCCGGGGUGGUCCUCGCAGAGGAGCCCAGUAUGAGAGGCAACGACAACCAACUGCAGGCAACUCACUGCCAUCUUCAAUGUCAGAUGUUGCCAAUGAAAUUGAACCAUUCCUUGACAACAUGAUCGGUCUGGUAUCGCCAUAUGCUGGAAUCCACAAUCUCGACCUCUCCCCGGAUUCUCUGUCAAUUGUGGAUGGAGCCCAGCAGAUCUGGGGUCAACCCACCCCACAUGAUGAUAGCUCCUUUGACUCGGUUCAUAUGCACGAUAGGGGGUCAUCGGCAAUUCGCGCCUAUCAGUCCGAAGCGGAAAUUGCCAAUGCCUAUUAUAUUUAUAUCCAUCCAUAUUUACCUUUGCUGCCACCUCCAGUGGCACCGCAGCACGAAGAUCGCCAUACCGUGAUCAGGCCAUCUGACGAAAUGUCUCAAGCAAAAAAGUCCCGCAUGCCUUAUUGGCCGACAUCAUCUCUGACUCUUGCCUUAUCUGCAAUGCUAGUCCUUAUACCCACUUCUGAAGACACUUUUCCAAUUGCCGAAACGAGCCUUGCGCUUAGGCGGUCGUACGCGCAGCUAUUUGCCCAGGCGGCGCUGACGGCUGUGGAAACUGAGACUGACGAUUUGUCGCCGGCUUUGAGCACUAAUGUGUUUGAAGCAGAAUCAUGUCGAGCACGAAAUUUUCUGCAUCCACAGGUUCCAACCCAGCUUCAUCCGGUUAUGGCUCUUGUGGUCCUUGCCAUUUAUGAGUAUUGCCAGCGUGGUAAUAUAUCUAGAAUGCGGGCUCGAGGUAACCAGGCUAUCACAACUGCUAUGGAUAUCUCCCUUCAUAGGCUUGACUCCACAACAACAGAGUGUUCUGAGGCACAGAGACGAACUUGGUGGAUGACACCACCAAUUGUUUUUAUGGACGACUCACGAAUAACUACCCCUUAUCCCAAAUUUGACGUAUAUCUGGAGCCAUGGCCCAUAAUGAUGAAAACACAAGAAGCUCUUUUCGAGUCUCACAAAAUCGUUCAGAACAUCGAACGUAUAGAGGAGACAGCCAUUCUCUCCGAUUUCGGCACUCGAAUACGCAAGCUAGAUUUGAAUCUUGUAUCUUUGAUAGGCGAAACAGACCGACAUCUACUAACCACUUUUGAUGAAGAGCCAGAGGCAUCCGUAGCUCAAAACAUGUGGAUGAUCAGUCGCAUGUUCAUCCAUGCUGCUCGUACUCGACUGCACCGUUUCCGGGCAUUCAUGGACAUCCCCCUUUUUCUUGACAAGUACUGUGAUCUCGCAGCAAUCAACAGCGUGGAUUUCCCGCACCAGACGUCUCCUCCCAAGUGGGUGACAGACUGCGAGAUCUCAUUCCCGUUUACCGAGCAAGAAUCCUCGAUUAUCUGUCUCAAGUCUUCGCUCGUGGUAACAACAAUAUAUCGCAAUUUGCCGUAUCCGAAUCCACUUGGGUCAGCCCCUUCUAGGUCCACAGCAUAUCCGAAAACUAUUCCUUACUUUGCUUGCUCGGGGAUACAAAGCUGCUACGCUCUUCUUAUGUUGUUGCACCGACUGCGUGCCUCUAUAGCAACGGAUCGACUUGGAGAUUGUUACCACCUGCUUAAUAACCCUACUCCUGCGUCAGAGAUUGCUGAUGCCGAGAGAUUGAGGGAGGAGCUGCGACAUGGGGUGGAAAUUCUCGGCAGAUCUCUGAAAUCUGAUGUGAUUUUUGAGGGUGUUGGAGGUAUGGGGCGAGAAAUUGAGGGAGCUUACCUGGCUGCUUUUCCUAAUUGCUCUGAGAUCUAG